AUGUAAAAUUCUGGUUCAAGGGUCUAACUCGUUCCUCACUUUUGAGCUUGAGACUCCUCCUCUUACUCUCUCCCCACUAUUUACACAACACAGCCAUGGCUGCAUUUAGAAGAUUAUUGCCCACAAACAGAAGUACUAUACCAUCAACUUCUGCACUCUUCCUUUCUCACAGAGGCGUAGCUUCUAAGCUCUUUGUUGGAGGACUCUCAUUUUACACCUCAGAGAACGGACUGUCAGAGGCAUUUUCUCAACAUGGUCAAGUUAUCGAAGCUAAAAUUGUGAUGGAUAGAGUCUCAGACAAAUCCAAGGGUUUUGGAUUUGUCACCUAUGCAUCUGAAGAUGAAGCCAAGAAGGCCUUGCAAGAAAUGAACGGCAAGCCUCUUAAUGGGCGGGUUAUUUUUGUGGACUACGCAAAGCCUAAAGCCGAUUUUGGUGGGGGUGUGCCAAUAGCCAGAGGCCCCCCUGAGCCACCAAUAGAACAGUAAAUGUUGCUGCAGCCAAAUUGUGUUAUGAAACAAACCACUCUGUGUGCUGCCAGAGUUGCAAGCGUUGCUCUUGCAAAUGAUUAAUCUGCAGAGAAUUUGUGUUCUCUUUUUCCCAACGAAAAAUUAUACGAAUAUAUUGUAGGGAUUAUAAGCCAUCUGCAGUCAAAAUUGGUUGUGUUUCAAGGAUGAGUGCAAAAUUGUAAUGACUGACUACAAGAUUGGCCCAAUAUGAGAAUCUUCUACUC